AUGGGUAAUCGCCCUUCCGUCGAGGUGUACAUUACGUCAGCUGACGUUGCUAGCGGUGACGUUGUUGGGUUCUUUUGUGGACAAGGAAAUCAGGGUCGUCUCAAAAGUAGACCUGUGCCAAACCUCAAAGUUCCAGGCUUCAAGAAGAAAGAUAUUAUCAAAGAAAAGGACCUGAGGAAAUUUGAAGAAAUAGAUAACCAUGCUUUACAUGCUCCUUCAAGUGCAACAAAAUCCGUUAAAAGUCUGAUAAAAUAUCUAGUAGCCAUUGCGGAGACAGAUGUAGAGAAAGUCCGAGCCUUCUAUAGAUGGAUAACAGCCAACAUCAGUUACGAGAUAUCGAACACCAUGGGCGGGGGAGUCACACUCUCAGACCCUAGUACAGUAUUGAGGAGAAGAUGUGCCAACUCCGAAGGCUAUGCAAACCUCUUUGCAACAAUGUGCAAGGGUGCUGGUGUUCCAGUAGUUACACUCUCAGGGUUUGCCAAACGAUCUGAUUACGAUCCAGAAAUUCCUUAUACACCACGUGACAAACCCGACCAUGCAUGGAACGCCGUUUUCGUUGAGGAUGAUUGGCGAUUUGUCGAUUGUUGUUGGGGUGCAGGCUGGGAAGACGAAGAAGGCCGUUGGAAUCCAAAGUUUGAGGAAUUCUGGUUCUUAACAGAUCCUGAUAAGUUCAUUAAUGAUCACUAUCCAUGGACGAGCACUGACACUAAAAUUAGCAACAACUGGCAGCUGCUGAAACAACCGAUCUCUCUGGAUGAGUACAACAAAAUGGUAAAAAUGGAAGAAGUAUGUAAGGAAUGGGGGAUAGAUUUAUCUCACAAAGAACCCAUCUUAAUCUUCAGAAAAGAAAUUCACAUUACUUUGGGAGCCAGCGUACUCGUUCGCAACAUCACUGCAACCAUGGAAACAGUGGAUAGAGUUAAAAUGGACCAGUAUACGGUUGUAUAUCGAUUCGACACUCUGACGUUCAGCAUACAGUGCAGACCUCCAUCCCCGGGAACCUAUGUACUCAGAAUAUUUGGUCAGCGGGACGAUGCCUUCUCACACCCACCAAAGCUUCUCCUGAGGUAUAUUUUGAAAUGCACGGACUCCAACAACUAUGUCAAGUCCCUCCCAUACGUCUAUACACAUGCGCAGACGUAUCAGUGCACUUUGCACGAGCCUAAUUCGCGAGAGCUUCCCGCCAAAUCAAAGGUUAGGAUUCGUUUGUCUUCCCCCCACCUCAGACAGGUUAAUGUUGAGAAUAUUCCGAUGGAGUGUGACGAGAAUGGUACAUGGGAAGGAACAGUCCAGACCCCCCAAUCCGGGGAAACCAUCGUUAUUUAUGGAAGCACAUCUGACAAUAUCCAAGGAAGGUUCCAUUCGCUGUACAAAUUUUAUAUUGUCUGA